UCGAGAGGAGAGAUGAGAUAAGAUCCGUCCGAAGCCCCGAGAGAAGCGGAGCGCCAGGCCUAAAGCUGAGUCAACAACAAAGACACUCGACAUGUCUGGCAAAAAACAUCACAGUUGCAGCUGCUGCGGCUGGUCCAACUUGACGACUUACCGAGGCCUGAGAAUCCACCAGGGGAAGAUGGGCUGCACCCCAAAGGGACUGAGGAUCCCGGAGAGUGCACAAAGCAAUUACUAUCCUAGAUUAACUUACACGCCUACUCCAAUCAAAAUCGAGGACCCUUAUUAUGAAAUCACCAAAGCUCCUGUCAGACCUGUCUUUGAGAUGCCUCCACCGUCUUAUAAAUCCCUUAGAAGCUUGGACCAACGUCUGUCCACUGGUCCAUCACAGGUUGGCAGAAUUAUGAACUCAACCAUCCAAAUGACUCCUCCAUCCACACAGACACCAAUGAAGGAGACGAACAAUUCCUUAUUUGGGAAUUUCCCGGUCUCGUUUCGAACUGUCACAAGCUCACACCAAGCUCUUCCAGUGCUGGAUUUCUCCACUGGGACAUUGCAGGCUGACGUGACGCUGUCAGUGAUGUCAACCAUCCAGAUGAGUUCUCCAUCCACACCAACCCAGAUGUUGGAGACAAACAAGUCAUACUUUCAGACUCCACCCCUCUCCUAUCAGGCCGUUAAGAGUUCGGACACAGCUCGUCGAGCGCUGGACUUCUCCACGGUGCAGGUGGGGCAGCUGAGGGAGCAUCUUCCAGCUGCAGGUGAGGAAACCAUCAUGGAUCUGAAGAAGAAAGAGAAGGAAAAAGCACGGGAAGCUGAAAAACUGCUGCAGAAGAGUUUGGAUAGCGAGAAGCUGGAGAUCGACGCAGUGUUCUCGGAGGUGAUAACAAUUGUGCAGGAUGCUUGGGAGGAAGCCCUUCUGCCUCUGGAGAAGAGGAAAAAAACACUGAAAAGAGAGGCUCAAAGCCUGGUGCAGAGGCUGCAGACAGAAGUUGACAGACUUAAGGACACCAUUGAUGAGCUGGAGAGAGACCGAGACGCCCAGGUUUUUCCACUCCAAGGCCUGGAUGAAUCAGGCUGGGGGAAAAGUGUUGACACUUCAUGCUCCUUUGGGACCCUGAGAGCAACAACUUCUACCAUGAUGAAAGAGAUCCAGCAGAAACUGGAAGACCUGUCCCCCCUCGAGCUCAAGAGGAUCCCAGCAUUUGCAGGUGUGUAUGUGCACGUGUGCAUGGACAGUUGUCCAAUGUGUGAAACUCCAAGGUUGGGACACUAA